CAUGUCACCGUUAGUGCAUGCCUGACGCAGGCUCUUAGUGGUGAGCCUUCUCCUUUAUCUUCGCUUUUACCAAACGCUCUCGCAUUGGCUUGUAAACUCGCCCGCUGUGGUAAAAUCGACGAAUCGUUUAGUACAGAGUUCGUUGCCUCUAUGCUAGUAGCAUCUCUUGCACCGGCCAAUCAAGUGAGCGAGCAGUCUCACCGCCCGCGCUCCUGGAUGCUCAGUCAUUCUGGGCCUCCUAUUCCCGCACUUAAGCUCCUCUAUUUCGAACUCCUGAAGUUUGUCGAGACAUUCCCCCUCUUUAUCAGCAUCAUUGAUCGUAUUGAAUUCUUUAAAGAAGUUCGUAUGAGCGGCGAUUUCCGAAUGGCUUUAUUAUGUCGAUUCCUUGGUCGUGUUUGCGUGACCAACUUGCUUUGGUUACCUGAAUUACCAGUCCUUCUAGGACAGUUGAAGACCACUUGUACACCACUCUCUCCCAACGACACCUCUGACAACCUUCUUCAUGUUUGUGAACUCAUCUUCAUAAUUGCCGAUGGAUGUCCUCUGCUGAAGGAGCAGCAGAUUGAUCUCCUCACAAUUCUGGCUCAAGCUAUUGAUGGUGCCUGUGAGACCUAUUUAAAAGAAGCGAAGGCGCCUGCAUUGGAUCCAUGGAUCGUCUAUCAGCUUGCGUGUAAGGCCAGCUCGUGCAGGCAGCCACGUUUUGCUGCUGAUCUGUUUGAACAACUAGCCUCAUUGGCCGUUACCCUGAAGAACACCUAUUGGCUUCGUGGCCUGGCUCUGUUCAAUCGUGCUCAAGCUGAUCUCUUUGAUGCUGUUUGUGACCUGCCCCAAAACGGUAACUGGGUACCGAAGCUUUCUUUAGCAAUAAGCACAGCGUCUAACGCUUUGCUGGAGGCACAUCAUUUAUUCCUGGCGGGUGCUUUCUCGCCCUCUGGGGUCUGCAUCCGAUGGAGGCAUCUGCGCCAAAUGAACCUCUCCAAACCCGAGGGUGAUCGCUUCACGAAGGCUCAUCCUCUGCAAUCUAUAGUGCAGCUCGUUUCUAUCCCAUUUCGCUAUACUGGCGGCGCUGUUAUAAGCUUAUGA